AUGACGCUGGUGGACAAGGGCGACGCAGAGCUGUUUGGCAGCUUCAUUGUUCGCGUGAGCGCCAGUUUUAUGUGGGAGGCGGCGAGGUGGUACAUGAUCACCGUCGUCCUCAUCAGUGGCAAGGACGUGGCCCAGCUGCUGCUGGGAGUUGGUGAAAACAAGUCGGUGGUGAUCAUGCUGAUGCUGGCUGAUUGUGGACAUGGUGCAGGAGCACGCACACACGUUCCGUUCCUCUGCGGUACCACCUGCACCCGUUCCGGCCAGCGCAUAAUCCUGACCAUCUGCUUCGACAUGCGCCACUUCCUGCUCUGCAUCAGCAAUUUGGCUGGGUGGACGUCGUUCCGGUUGCUGCUGCUUAACGACAACACGUUGUCGGCCAACGGCCUUGCUGCUCGUUGGUGGUGCUGGCUGCUGCGCGUCCCGCUUGUCAUUUCCAUGGUGCUGAACCUGCUGUUUGGGCUCACGUCGGACUGCGCAGACAUUGAGUUGCAGCUGCUGCGUGGCUGA